AAAAAAAAAAAAAAAAAAAAAAAAACAGAAGUAUGCCCGGUCGAUCGCUUUCUAUCACAGGAUCGAGGCAAGCAAAAGGAUUAAAAGCGAUAUUGCAAUAGACGAAGGGAGUGGACGCUCUCUGCGAGAGAUGUUCUAUCAAACGAAGGACACGGUCAGUGUGAAAGAGAGACAAAGACCCGAGAAAAGAAUGCUACUAAAAACAGAACGAAAGACAGACUGGCGGAUGUUCUAUGACAUGGAGACGCUGGCCAGAGGAAGAGACUAACCUUUUGACAUGAAGAGGGGCGGCUGGACAUUGAUAUAUACCAAGAAUUUUUUUUCUCUUUCGAAGGAGAGAGGUUUCGCCAGCUGGACGAAGUAACGGUUUUGCCCGUGCAAAAUGCAGGCUUAACCCGAUCGGCACAUUCUAUGGCAUGAAGCCUACAGUGACAGCCUUAUGUUCCUUUCGUACCGCGUUAUGUGACACAUUCCUUUGGCAGGUUGUCCCCUCGCAGCAAGAAAAGCGGGUAUCUCUCAGGGUCAGGGUGACCUGGCCGAAUGAGAUGGCGUGGAUGGCGUUUCUUUUUCUUUUUCCCUUUUUCUUUUUAUGGGGCGAUAGGCCCCCCUUCUUGCCUCAUUUAACCGUUUGGAAUACUGUAACAUGCAUGCAAGAAAUGUUGGCGCAACACUUGUCUAAGGCGACAAUUCUAGACUAUGGACGGGACGGCACAUACGCGCCCAUACAUGCAUUGCAUCGCAAGGCGUCCAGAGAUCUAACACAAGUCUCCUAUCUGGCAUAUGCACUGGUUGGCAGGCCACGUCAGAUUUACUCCAGCAACCUGUAACUACGGGCAGCGCCUAAUCUGUACGAUGUCUUUUUUUUCUUUUUUUCCCUUCUUUUAUGGUUUCCAUGCAUGUUUCCCUUGAGUUGGCUGGCGUUCAGGGUCCAGAUUUAGGGACGUCUCGGGAGGCGGCAGUGCACAAAACAAUCUCUUGGGGCGCGUAAUCGCUGACUUUCCCUUCAACAUUCCAUAGGAGAAGUCUAUCCAAUCAAUAAUUCCAUAGUAGCGCUGAUAUAUUAAAGACAA